AGGAGAAAAAAGCCACGCCGUGAAGGAAAUCGUAUGUGUUCUCCAAUACCAAUCACAUCUCCCCUUCUGGAAGACAAUGGCCACCCAAUCCCCACCAAAACCCCAACUCCCUUCUCUAAACCUUUUUAUUCGAUCUUUUCUGAUCACUCCCAUCUCUGCCUUCCUCUCUCCUCCUCGGCGAUGGCGGCGCUCUUCCACCCUCGAAGCCUUAGGCGGGCGGCGCUGCUCGCCGGAGCUUUAAACCUCGCCAUCAUCGCCCUCGGUACCUCCCUCUUUCCUGUCUCCCUCCGCCGCUGCGGCGGUCGGGAGAAAUCCGCCGUCGCGGGAGCCGUUGCCGCUGCAGCGCUACGGAUCGGAUCAAUGCUCCGCGCAGGGAUAGCCCAGGGGCACGCCGCUGUAUCUAUUGCGACUGCUGCAGCCGGAGGUCGCCGGGUAGAGGAUGCCGGCGAUGACUCGCGCCAUCGGAGAAGGAGGCGGUACAGGCGAUGGCUUUGGUGGACCAGAUUUGGAAUGUUUGUCAAUGCAUUGCAGUUUGUGAUGGCGCUUUACCUGAUGUAUAUUAUUAUGAAGGAUUUUGCCAGGGAUGGUGGAGAUAAUGUGUGUUUUCUAGGCCAUCAGAGGGAAGAUACAGGGAAAAAAUUCUUGAUGGCUACAUUUCUUGCCCUGGUGUGGCUUGUGGUCGUCAUCCAGUGUAUCACAGGAUCUGAUGUCCUAAGAUGGAGAUCAUUCUAUGCAACCCAAGAUAGUGCCUGGAAAGUUCAUUACAGUGAGGUGUUUGAUCAUGGCAUUAGGGAGGCUUUAUGCUGCUUGGGACGUGUGAAAUAUCUGAGUGUCUUGGAAGAAGAUGAGGUAUUCUCCGUAGCAAGAUUAUUAGGUGAUCUUGUGGCUUAUAGAGCCACAGGCACUGGGCAUUUAGAGCUCUUGGCAGGGCUUGCUCUUUUGCAGAGUCAUAAACAACCUACAAAAUCAUACAACGAGGACAUGGAAGCACCUUUGGCCCGUAUUCAAGAGGCUAGAGUUCUUCAUCAAUUUGCUGAAGCUGCAUAUACAGGACCUUUGCUUGAUUUCGGAAGGAAUACAGUUCUCUUUCCAUGCUCAUGGCUCUAUAGACAAGGAGUUCUGACUCCCUGGACUCACAACAGGCGUCCUAUACUUGAAGGUGACAAUUGGUGGCGAGGGCAUGCUGCGGCAUUUUUAAAGUGUGCUAAUUUGUCCCCACAAGCUCUUCAACGUGGCCGUGUUAUUCAGCUGCGAUCAAUUACAUCCAAGUGUGAGGGAAACUGUUGUCUCUUCUUUCCCACAUUAUGGCCAUUCCGGGAUAGUUGAAUCUUCUCGUGAGCUGUACAUGCAAGUUGAUGGUCCACCAGGAGACAUGGCAUGUGAAACAUCUGGGUUUCUUUCUACAUUGCUGGGACCUGGUUGUGAAUGUGAAGGGUAUAAAGUUCGUUUGGUUGGGCAUUCAUUAGGAGGUGCUGUUGCUACGUUGUUAGGAUUGAGGUUGAAAGGGAGAUACCCAAACUUACAUGUUUAUGCAUAUGGAACUCUUCCAUGCGUUGAUUCAGUCAUUGCAGAAGCUUGCUCAGAUUUUGUCACUACAAUUGUCUACAAUGAUGAAUUUUCUUCACGACUCUCAGUUAAUUCAAUCCUUAGACUCCGUGCAGCUGCUAUACAGGCUCUUUCAGCCGACGCAUCAGCUAAUUCUGCUGUUAUUACUAAGCUUGCUCAAAAAAUUCUAAAUGUUCGAAAACACCUUGUUAAUGGGGAAAACCAUUCGUCUUCCUCUCCUUCUAGUGAUGUCAACCCUCAAACAGUAGAAAAUGGAAAUCAUCUUCAUCGAAGACCUGCAAAAUACUCCAUUCAAGGUGGGUUUUUUCUGUGUGGCCUCGCAGUUUCUUGCAUGACAAAUACUCCUAUCCAUCAACAUGGUUCAAAUGUCAUAACUGGAACUCCAUUAGAACCUUUAGUUUCUUCUAGAGAAACUUCAAUAUCAGACUCAGAGGUCACCCAGCCUAAGCAAGAACAACCAGUAGAGUGUUCUACAUUUGAUGA